AUGAGCUUCCAUUCCCACUCUCCCAGUCCAGCCGCCCUCUCGCCCGACGACAACCCCCAACCGAGACGGCCUUCCCGAACAUCCCUUCACGAUACCCCCGCGCCCGCCCUCUCCUCCGGGUCACCAAGCCACGAGCCUGAAGACGAACCAGACUCAUCGGACCUUAACGCCGAUAACGACAACGUGCCCGUCGAAGUCUUGGUCAAACACCUCCUCGCCGCCAAACAGUCGCUCUCUUCCAUGACCCUCGUCCUACGCGCCAACGACCUUGCCACCUCCGCCCGCCAAAUGCACCAAGAAUCCGUCAUCCUCUCGGCACAGACCGCGUUCCUACGACAUGGCAUACUCGAGGAGGUGCGGAUUCUCCAACAAGUACGUCGCGGAAUGGCGCGUGCCUACGACAAUGGUACGCGCGAGUUCAAGAAGAUCAUCCGCGAUCUUGACACCGCCGACGGCCGACUCGAAAAGAUGAUGGAUUUCUUGCGCAAGACCACAGUCGAGAACGUUUUCCGCCAGCCGGGCGAGGAGCCAAAGUGUCUGCUGGACUUUGUCGACCCCAAGGUUGUCGAACAGGUGCGCGACGCCUUGAAGGAAAACAUCCAUGAGCUUCAAGCAGCCAAGACCUCCUUCGACGGCGACCUCCUGCGGUUCGACACCGACUUACGCACCCUCACCGAUGCCCUGGCCGCCGCAGCCUCUCUCUCCAACCCAAACACGACCAUAACCGCCGAUGGCUAUCCCCCAGAUCAGCGAUCUAUACCCAGCCUCCUCUCUGCCAUGUCCGACGGCUCCCACCUCAUGGCCGAACACCUCUCUUCCUUGACUCGACACUUUGACAUGUGCGUAACCGCCGUGCGCACUACCGAAGGCGGCGCUGCUCUCGCCCGUCGUCGCGCAGCAGAAGCCACCUCCUCAGACUCGGACCAAGUCCCCGUCUCCAUAUCAGGCGUCAUCUCCGCCCAGGAAUCGGAGUCAGGACCAUCAGCUUUCGAGCCCAUGGACCCUCUCGAGCGUCAGGAGCUUUUGCACGUCGUUAUGCGCGACGCCGCCGAGGUAGACGACGUGGUAGCCGACAUCCACAACGUUCUACAACAAAUGGAAAUGGACCACGAGACCCUCCACUCGCUCUUCUCCGCCGCUCGGAACUCCCACGCCGCUACGCUUACCUGCUUCUAUUUGCUCCAAGAAAUCGGUGCCCGGGCGUCAUCGUAUGUAGCCGCUGAGGCUGAGUUCGUGCAGAGAUGGAAGGACGAGAAGGAAGCUAUUGCUGAUAAUGCGACCAAGAUGGAAGAACUCGAAAAGUUUUAUGAGGGGUAUCUAGAUGCUUACGAUAGCUUGAUGCUCGAAGUCGAGCGACGAAGAGCUGUUGAAGACAAGAUUGAGAAUAUAUGGCGGAAGGCGAGGGAGCAGGUGGAUAAGCUGGUGGAGGCGGACAGAAGGGACAGAGAGCAUUUCCGCUUGGAGGUGGGCGAUUAUGUGCCGGCUGACUUGUGGGGUGUGGUGGAUAGGCCGCUGGGGAGGUGGGCGGUCGUUCCAAUAGAAGACACCGAUGCUAGAGAGGGGGAGGGGGAUGAGUUACAUGGAGGACCGGUGAACGACAUGGAGGAGAGGGUUGGGCCAGAAACUGCGUAUGAGAGAGAGAGAGAAAGGGAGCCAAGCACGCCGACGCAGAGAAAGGUACCGUUGUAUGGACCUGGCGGGUCGGCGGGGGAACGACCGUUUUAA